UCGGUAAGCUGGAGAAACUUCUUUAGGACUUAACAAAAAGAGAAAGAAGUAAAAGAAAUGGUUCAGAUGAAAAUGGCCAAGAGGAAAAGAAAAGCUAAAGAGAGUGAAUAGAAAAGAGAGGUCACAUGAUGGCCUCUUUUUUGUCAUGAAUGAUCUGUGACUAUUGAGUCACAAAAGCCAAAAGCUCCAAUUCUAUUUUUUUCCUACAUUAAAAUCAUUCCAACUUUUGAAUUUUGCUUUGCUGUAUGUUCACCUAAGCCCCCACUCUCCUCUAAAUGCCAAAUUUUCUUUAUGAUAAUUAGGUCCCUAAUAAUUGUAACAGAUUUUAUUCACCAACUCCUGUUAUAAUAACUUAUAGCACCAAUAUUCCACAGUCAUAUUUGAAGCAAGCAUCAGUGAUAUUUUUAAUUUUUAUAAAGUAACAAGACUAUUUUUAUUGAAACUAAGUAUACUAUAUCAACAAAGGGAUGUCACUUAAUUAACACAAUUAGUGAAUCAUUUUACAAUAUUAAUUUUGGAUAUAUUUUCUGAUAACUUGGUUUGAAACACUUGCUCAGGUCAUUGAGCUACAUGAAUAUUAUACUUAUUUAUAAUUAGAAAUGUGUUUGUGUACUUGAUUUGAUUUCAGUCAUAUUUAAGUAUAGUAAUUUUCACAUGCUUAUCGCUUUCCAUGCUUCAGAUUGAUUGUAUUGUUUUAACCUUAUUAGAAGACAAAAAAAACACUAGUCUCAUGUGCAUGAAUAUUAGAUAGGCCUCUCCGCUUUUGCCGCAGCUAGUUAAGCUAUUUUUCUUUCUCUGAAUAAUUGUUUCUCCCAUAAUUAUUCUGUUUUGAUAAAUUUAUUCGAUUGCGGUAGAUUUGGACCAUCAUUGCCCACAUGUGUUGAACUUUUUCAUAAUUUCGAAUUCCUGAAAAGAAUGUAUUUUAAUUCUAUUUUCACCUAACUUGUAAGGUUCAAGUAUUUUUUUACUAGAAUUUAAUUUAGUUUGAUUUUUUAAGAAAGAGUUUAAUUUAGUUUGGUUAUACUUAUACUGUUAUACACACGAUAUAAUAAUAUAAAAUCAUGUUCAGUUAGUUGUGUAUAAAUAUAAUUUUUUAUUUUAUCCAUAAUGGUAGAAGAUGUCAUCAGGAGAUAAUGCACUAGAGCUAAUAGGUGAAGUAUUUUAAUUUACAACCCGUUAAAAUAACUGAACCCUGAUAAACAAGAAUAUACAUGUUAAUUAACUUUAAUUAGGUUAUAUUCAUGUUUUAAAAAAUUAAACCUAAAUCUAAUGAAUGGUGUACAUUUUAUCUUUGGUAAAAUGUGUGAAUCAUCAGAGAACUCAGAAGUUCAAACUGCGUGACUCAUAGUAUUAAUUUUUUUUUAUAAUUUGACUCGUAGUAUUAAAUUAUUCAUAUUUCAUAUCAUUAAAUUCUCGGAAACUUCUAAGUUUUCUUACAUUAGAUUUAAAAUGGUAAUAAGAACCGGGUCCGGUAACCUAAAUUUUGUUAAUGUGUGCUUAACUGAAAAGUAAGCUAGCUGUACAUAUAUUAGAAUGUUACCUUUAUUAUGCGAUCUGCACUUUCACUGGUAUCACAUCUAUAAACGAGUAAAGUAUUAAGCAAGUUCAUAUACGUAUAUAUUAACAUGUCAACACAAAAUAUCAUAUUAAAGAUACAUGAUUAUAGUCUUAUCGCGCGAUGAUGCUACAUCGCAGCAGAUCUAUAAGCAUAUUUUCAGCAGUGUCGGAACAUAAAGAAAACUGAACAUCAAAGACAAAUGUGUCCAGAAACAUCUAUGUUGAUACUUACUAACAACCUUUCCUUUUUAAAUUACUCUUAUGGAAAGUAAAACCUUUAGCAUGCGAGUUGUUCCCCCUAAAUAAUUAAGCUUUAAGAGUAUUCCAUUUGCUGUUAAAAAUGGUUUUUAUUUGAUUUAUUUUCUUAGUAUAUAUGCUAUUUAUUUAAGGCCUCAAAUUGCUGCUCGCAUAAAUAAAGCGAAUAUUAGUUGGUGCACUUGUUAACUAUAAAAAUUAGGUUGCAGACGCAAAGAAAACAAGAACUUUAGCUAGGGUUUGCAUUAUUAUUGAGCUUAAUUCACCUAAAGAAUAUUGACAUGGAAGUUUUCUCGUAACAUAUCACCAUCUGCAUAUCACGUAUGUUCUUGCAGUGCAGGUAUAGUGCAUACAUAAGAAUGGAGCUAAUGAGUACAUAUUUCGUACAUCGCACGGUUAGCAUUUAAAAACUUAUAUAACUGAGGAUUAAUUAAGCCAUUGUCACGUUGCGAAUCAACUACUUGUGUUCCUUUCUAUUUUCAACUUGAAUGAGAACCAUUUAGCAAAAAAAAAAAAGAGAGUAAAAUAUAUUUCCGUAUACAACUAAUUAAAAGUGGGUUUAAUUAUAAUCCAUCAUCGUUUCUUUGGUUAGGAGAUAACUAACUAAUUGAAAUCUUAUUCUAUAAACAAAUUCACCAGACUUUAGAGUAAACAAAUUUCAAAGCAGCCAAUAGUCUCUCUUUGUCGUUCUUUUAUGAUAACACGAAACCCCCACCCUCAAUUAUUAUUGUUGAUUUAUUUUAUUGUAUUGUUUUUUUUUUCUUUGGUCGUGGAUAAGAAUAAGAUAGCUACUAAAAGCAGACAACGAAUAUGUAUUCAAUAUUGAACAUACUGUGUAUAUGUCAUUAAAACAUUUUUAGAAAGAAGCAAUAGCUUUUUCCUUACUUUGUAUAUAUUAUGCUUCCAAUGGCCCAAUUAUACAAACUAAUAAUCUAAUAUUCGUAAUCCUUUUUCAUGUAUACAACUCAACUUUAAAUGGUUUAUCAAGUAACGAAUCGAUGAAUAAAAAAGAAUUAACGAAUCACUUUUAUAAAGAAAACUAAAUAAAGUAUAUGAGGUACAUUGAAACUAUAUAUUAAUUAGGGUUGUCGUCAUGGAUGCUAUUAAAUUCUAGUUUCUUGAGAAAAUUCUGUUCAGAGUUGUACCUUUAGUUUUCAACACGAGAAAAUCUCCAACUGCGCCGCCUGGAACUUAGUCACAAAUCUUAGCAUCAGUGGUCAGAUUUAUAUUGGACUAUGUUUGACAGGACGAGCCUAAAUGAAACGAAAAGAAUCCACUCCAAUAAACUACUUAUAUACAAUAUGUCUCAUCUUACACUAUUCACAGAGAUUCCUAACAAAUGGGACAUAGAUAUUAACAAAAUUAUUGCAACAAAAUAAGUCAGAAUAGAAAAUAAUAGAGUGAUUAUAUCUUGACAAGUAGAAAGAGAGAGAGAGAUUAUAAAAAAGUAAGGACUGUGAAGUAGUCAGUUUAAACAAAAAGAGAGUGAAGAGGAUGAGAUCAUAGGAAUAUAUAGGAUCCAGGGACCAUGAUUUAUACUGUCUGUUCCUACUAGUUAGGGACCAUUACCGCCACUAACUCUUUGAUAAUUAAAAAAAAAAACUCCUGUUAAUUGUUUAUUUUCAUACUUUAUAGGCACAUAAUAAACAAAUUAUAUUUUAUACACUCCCUUUUGUAACUAUAUAUACACAGCCCAUUAAUACACAUAGACAGAGUGUGAUUUGUUUCUUCUUCCUCAGCUUUUUAUAAACACUCUAAAAACAGAGGAAAAAUAAACCAGACACUAUCAACGAUUACGUGAAAGUAUUUCAAGGUUGUCAACUUUUGUAGUUCUAUAUAAUUUUAUCAUCAUUUUUAAACGUUGGUUUUGUUCUUGAUUUAGAGUUCUGAGUCUGCUCUUGUAAAAGAUUCCUCUAUUUUGUUUCAUUUUAAUUUGUGUUCUUUUUUCUAUACCAUAAUAUCUUUGAUCUAAAUUCUCUACUCCAAGAUAACCACAUCACAUCCACUUAAGAACCAAAGAAGGCUCAAAGCUCGCAUGCCACAAGGAGAAAAUGAACGAGUCAAGUUCGUGGAGCAUCUACAGCACCAAAGAUGGAGAGAGUGACGGGCCAUGGAGAUCGUCCACGUCGAUGAAUGCGAUCUCUUUCGGGUUCGUAGCUACGGCGAUACUUAUCUCCAUGUUCUUGUUAAUGGCCAUCUUUGAGCAUCUCUUUAGACCUGAGAAUUCUACAUUUGAGUCACCACAUAGGAUCAGACAACGACAGAACCAGAGCAGAGAUGGGUCCACUCAUUUCCAGAAACUUGCUAAUCAAGCGUCCAUGGUUCAGGUGAAUAUAGCGAUGGAUGUAUCGGUAGUGAUGCCGGGAGAGAAGCUGCCGUCGCACAUAGCUUUGCCGGCUCCUCUACCUUGUGGAAGAGAAGGCAUUCGUUGGCCUCUCCACCUCUAAAAUAUUACUACCAGCAACUCUUGUGUGUCUUUCUAACUCAUUCCAUAGAUUAGUGUUGGACUUGUUGGGUUAUAUAUUCUACUAUGCAGUAAAGGCCACCAGUUUAAUUUUUGUUAUG